AUGGCUGCAGAAACUCCUUCCGAUAUCGAUCUCGGGAAGAGAAGUCUGAAAAAGCCUUGCUCGUUCACCAUCGAGAACAUCCUGUCCGGCUCGGCAGAGAGGAGGCCCCAGGUGCUUCUCCCGUUCUGCUUCCGAGGGAUCUUGGACUGUGAGCCCCGAGGGCUCUGCACGCUGGGGGCCACCGCGGCUGGCUCUCUGCAGGAAGAAGAGGAGGGCGAAGAGGCGGAGAUGGACUUUGGACAGUGCGGCUGCUGCUGCUGUUCGCACAGCAGCGCUCACUCCUGGCAGGAGACGUCGAACUGGCUGGGUAAGCAUUUGCCGUUUGAUGGGUCGGUGUGCAAGUGCAUUGCGGAGAGCAUCAGCGUGCAAAACACAAGGUUCUCCUGGCCCAUGAGGCUUUUCCAUCCCCUCGGCAGGCCGUGCAAGAACACCCGGGGGAGCCCGAGCGAGCUGCAAACGUUCCACCAGAUCCAGCGGCGGACUCGCCGCCACCGCACCAUCUUUACCGAGGACCAGCUGCAAGCCCUGGAAGCCCUCUUCCGUCAGAACCAGUACCCAGAUGUCAUCACUAGAGAACACCUGGCCAACCGUAUCCACUUGAAGGAAGAAAGAGUCGAGGUUUGGUUUAAAAAUCGCCGAGCCAAGUGGCGACAUCAGAAAAGAGCAUCGGCGUCUGCACUCCUUCUCCAAGGCUCCAAGAAGUCUUCCGAGGGAAACGGCUGA